UACUGCAUGUUUGCAUAUAAAAUCAAACAAAGUAAAGUGAAUUUUAAAUGAGAUUAAAAUGAAACUGGUGAUUUUAUCACUAUUUUAGCAACAUAUGCGCUAUUUAUUUUGCUAAUACCUGCAAUAACUUGUCAAUAUUUGCUUUACUUUAAGAGUUCAAUCCUUAAUCGUUGUUGUUUUUAGUUAUUUUUGUACAUAAUUGGUGGGAAAGUUAAGUUUAACAGUGAAAUGUCCAUAAUCUUAUGCUUUUAAAAGUUUGUUUGCACCAUCAGCUGUGGUGAGUUGAGUUACCAGAUGGUGGACUUUUGGUGUUUGUGACACAUGGCUCUGAGUGAAGCCACGGCCAGAUAGCCCAGCCCGAGAUAAUUGGAAUUUCAUUAAGGUUUUGUUUGUGUGUGUGCUGAGAGUGCGCAUAUAUGCCUCCUUGUGUGUGUGUGUGUGUGUGUGUGUGUGUGUGUUGAGAGUGGGUGUGGGUGUUUAUGAGUCUGUAUGGGUGUGUUUCUCUAUGAGUAAUAUUGAGGAUGGGGGGUUGGGAGGGAGGGCAGGGACUCCACCUGCUGCCACCUGUUCAUCUGCUCCGUCUUAUAAAAGCUGCUCCCUCACUGUCUCCAGGAUCACAGACACCUUGGACUCCUCAGGCUCUCCACUAUCUGGGGUUACAAAUAUUUGAUGCUUGACAACAAAGGGGGACCACACAACGUGGACUUCAGCCACAAAGGAAACCUCUGAGGAACCCCAAAACUGAAGCUGGAAACUUCUCUGAUCUGAGGACAAUCACCAGUUUGAUUCUUCCAAACAAAAACCAUGAAGUCUCGUCGACCCAGCUGCACCGACUCUGGAUCCGAGUCCUCGGAGCUGGACUCCAAGAGCCCUGAGAAGUAUGAGACGGCCACAAGGCGACGGAUGGCCGCCAAUGCCAGAGAGAGGAAGAGGAUGCAGGGUCUGAACACAGCCUUCGAUCGCCUACGUAAAGUGGUCCCCCAGUGGGGCCAGGACAAGAAACUGUCCAAGUAUGAAACCCUGCAGAUGGCCCUCAGCUACAUCAUGGCCCUGAACCGGAUCCUGACGGAUGCCAGGAGGCACAACGCUCCUCACAGGCAGUGGCUGGACCUGCAGUUCGACUGCGUGCAGCCUGAAAACUACCCCUGCCUCAUGAGGUACGACUCUCCAACCGGACAGGACUACAUCCACUCGUCGUUCUCUUAUCAGUUUGACGGACAUCAGGUCAACGUAUGAACUGGUGCCAUUCGUUAGACAAUCAGUCAUGUUGUUGGAUGUGAGUGACAAUGUGAAUAUUUUUCCUCCAGUCUAGGAGACAGUAAAUACAUUUGUAUUGCAUUAUUUUCUUUUUUUAUUUAUCUAGUAUUUGUAUGACAAUCAGAAAGACUUCUUUAAGUUUGAAGUCUUAUUUAUUUUUUUCUAGGAAACCCAGCAAUGUUGAGCAUGUUUUUGUUCAAAGUAUAGCAACAAGUAAAGAAAUGUAGUGUCAUUAUAAUGACUGUUAGAUUGUACUGAAGAUACUUUUAUCAGUUAUUUUAAUAUGGCCCUAAAAUGUUGUGCAAUGUUCAAUGGAUUCUGAGAAAAUCAUUGUGGUCUUGGUUGCAAAGUUAAAGUUGAUAUGUAACUAUUUUGUUGAAUGUUUGUAGAGUUGAAAAAUAGAUGUUAUUUCUCACAUGCAGACCUCUAUUUUGUUCAUUAUAGA